UGUGUGCUUCUUGCCAGUUCUGGAAAACUAUACAAAUGACAUCUGUCCUGCUCCUGUGCUAGUUUAUUCAUAGCUGCAUUGUAGUUUUGUCGCCUCUCUUCUAACUUGAUGAUUUUUUCAGGUCUGGUUCUAUUAGACUAGUGAGUUAACUUCAAAAUUUGGUGCUUGCCUGCCUCUACCUCGCUUGUGCUGUGGAUUUUUAUUCUGUUUUAGUUCUGAAGUUCCUCCAGCUUCUCCUAAGUAAAUCCUGGUUUUUCCAAGUCAGUACUUCUUUGUAGACUUGAUCCUCGUUUCCUUCCUCAUCCUGACAACUCUGCCUGUACAGACAGGACUAGAUGCACUCACGGCCUCCAUUGUGGUUCCUGCAGCUCCCUUCUUUAUUCAGCAGCUUUUCAGAUGUCUUCUUUGAGAAGAACUGCACCUGGAGUACUAUGACAGCAAACUAUGAUUGAGAAAUGUAUAGAUGCUGAUGAACUGUUAGCAGAACAGUGGGAAAAUUGGCUGAUACAGUGGAAAGCUUUAAAUGCAGUAGCCAAAGCAGCAUUGGUCUCUGCUUUCAAGGCCCCAGGCACUCAAGCAGCACCUGCCUUUGGAAUGGGAGGACAGCAAACCUCAGGCUUUGGGCUGUCAAGCUUUCCUGUGAGCAGCAGCAGCAGCAGUACCAGUGCCAGCAAUUUCUCCUUUAAAGCCAGUUCCAGCCUCAUCAGUCCAGCAUCAUCUGGGAGCAGCCCUGCUGCUGGGAGCUCUUCUGCUGCUGCAAAUCCUCCUGCAUUUGGGACAGCAUCCUCUCCCAGCACAGCCCAGUCCGUCGGCUUUGGCAGCCCGGCCGCUCCCUCCGCAGCCUCCUUCUCCUUCAAAGCAGCUGCCACAGCCGGUGCCUUUGGGACUUCUGGCUUCUCAGGCUUUGGCAGUGCUUCUGCUGGGAGCUCUGCAAGCAGCCCUGCAGCCUUUGGAGCCUUUGGUGCCACCGUAGCCCCUUCUGGCUCGGCCUCGAGCGGAGCUUUAUUUGGGCAGGGCGGCAGUGCCGCUGCCCAUCCUGUCACCUCAGCGUCUGCUGCAGCCACCAACGCCAGCCCUGCCUCAGACAAGUUAUUCACUCCCAAGAGCGAACUGUCAGCAGAAGAGUGGCAGCAGUUUGAAGCAAAGGAGUUCACAAUUGGAAAGAUUCCUCUGAAGCCACCACCAGUAGAACUUAAAUGCUUUUAACCUUUUCAGUUUAUUCUGAAAUGUUGUUAAUUUUUAUUUCCUUUCUCAGUUCUCUUCUGCAGAAACAAAUGCACAAGUAUAAACUUUUGAACCUUGUAUUGGGAUGGACUUCUUACAUCUGAAAGAUGAACUGUUGAAACUAAAAUAGAACAUUUCCUUCUAUAUGCUGUCCUGUGAAAUUCUGUACAAAGACUAUAUGAAAAAUAUGGUGUCAAAAGAAAGAAUGUUUCAGUCAAAUAUUUAAAACCUA